UCGUUUCAUAGCAGGACGUUGAGAGAGGUUCAGACUCUGGCUGGCACACAAAAUCCCACUCUCUUCUUCAUCGUAGCAAGGAAAUGAAAAAGAACAACAAAAUGAAGAUAGUAACGUACAACGUGAACGGGCUGAGAUCACGCAUUUCGCAGUUCGGAUCCCUCCACAAAUUGCUCAAUUCCUUCGACGCCGAUAUCAUCUGCUUUCAGGAGACCAAGUUGAGAAGGCAGGAGCUAACGGCGGACAUGGCUGUGGCGGAGGGAUACGAAUCCUUCUUCUCGUGCACCCGCACGUCUGAUAAAGGUCGAACGGGCUAUUCCGGUGUUGCUACGUUCUGUCGCGUAAAGUCGGCGUUUUCGAGCAACGAAGUAGCACUGCCCAUUGCGGCGGAGGAGGGCUGCACAGGACUUGUUGGAAAUUCUCAGAAUGGAAAAGGCGAAGUGUGUGAAGCAGCGGAAGGCCUUGAGGGGGAGUUUGCGAAAGAUGAGCUUCUUAAGGUUGACAGCGAGGGGCGUUGUGUUAUCACAGAUCAUGGCCAUUUUGUUCUUUUUAACCUGUAUGGGCCCCGAGCUGAAUGUGAUGACACCGAAAGGAUCCAAUUCAAGCUUACAUUUUUCAAGAUAUUACAGAAAAGAUGGGAGGCUCUCUUGCGUAAAGGAAAGAGGAUAAUUGUUGUUGGUGAUCUCAACAUUGCACCCACAGUAAUGGAUCGUUGUGAAGCUGGACCAGAUUUCGAGAAGAAUGAAUUCAGAAGAUGGUUUAGAUCUAUGCUAGUGGAAUCUGGAGGCUCUUUUUCUGAUGUUUUCAGAACAAAACAUCCUGAUAGAACGGAAGCAUACACAUGCUGGCCACAAAAUACAGGCGCUGAAAUAUUUAACUAUGGCACCAGAAUUGACCAUAUUCUAUGUGCUGGAUCAUGCUUACAUCAACAGCAUGACCUGCAAGGUCAUGACUUUAUGACUUGCCAUGUUAGCGAGUGCGACAUACUGACACAGUACAGACGAUGGAAACCUGGAAAUACACUUAGGUGGAAAGGAGGGCGAAGCAUCAAACUGGAAGGUUCUGAUCAUGCUCCUGUUUUUACAAGAUUGCUAGAAAUUCCUGAUAUUUCUGAACAUAGUACUCCAAGUUUAUCUGCUAGAUAUAUUCCCAUGAUUCAUGGCGUCCAGCAAACUCUUGUGUCAGUCUUAACAAAAAGGCAACUUGCUGUACAAAUUAAAUCCUGUGAGAUGUCAAGUUCACUUUCAAAUGAAAAUAUCACGAUAGAGAUUUGCAAUGAGGGAGUGAAAAAAUCAUUGGACAACUGCAGUAUAUCUGGUACAUCCUCUGUUGAAUUUUGUUCUUCUUCAAAGCAAGAAUAUGAAGGUCUCAUUUCUAAUACAGAUGAGUGUUCCAGAGGUUUCGCUGAUGAUGCUGCUUGUAACACCUUGAUUACGCCAGGAAGUGAGUGUAGUAAAUCAAUGCCCAGCCACGAAACCAAGAAAAAAGCAAGAAAAAGUCAAUGGUCCCAACUCUCACUCAAAUCAUUUUUCCAGAGAAGUCCAAACCCUAGCAACAGGGCUGAUGACUCUAAUACUGAUUUUUUAAUCAGUCAGGCAGAUGUCCCACAGGCUGGUAAUCACUCCAAUGAAACUCCUGUGGUGGAUGUUCAAUGCAGCAGUUCCCAGCAGUGUGCGUUGAAUUCAAGUGCAUCCACUCAGGAUCAAUAUGAAUUAAAUUCCUGUACUUUUGAGAAAGAGAAAACUAAUGCUGCUUUACUGGAGUGGCAAAGGAUACAGCAAGUCAUGCAGAAUAGCAUGCCUCUUUGCAAGGGCCAUAAUGAACAAUGUGUUGCACGGGUAGUGAAGAAACAAGGCCCUAAUUUUGGUCGCAGAUUUUAUGUCUGUGCUCGUGCUGAGGGACCUGCAUCUAAUCCUGAAGCAAAUUGCGGUUACUUCAAAUGGGCUGGCUCAAAAUCUCUGCCCAAACGAUGAUUUUAAAGAUUUCAUAGUUUUGAUUGAAGGAUUAAGCGGUCCAUAUCCUUCCUAUCUUCGUCUCCUAAAUGGUCCUGCACUGACAAUGUGUUUUUGUAAUUAAUAUCUUUUUUUUUUUUUUGGUGCAAGUUAAUUCAUAUCUUUCUGUAUUGAAGGAUCAUGCAGUUUUUAUCGGGCACCGAGCAUAUGCUUCUGUGAUGCAAAACAUGCAAAUUAAUAUUUAAACAUAG